CAGAUCUGGGUGACGAGUUCGAGUAGAGAGGAGAAUUAGACCUACUUUUGCAACACUGGCUUUCGGGUGCCUGAACUGGUGGCCUUGUUUUGGGGAUGACUGUAUCAAAGGUCUGUUUCUUUUGGAAAAGCAAUGUGUGAAUGUUUAACUUGCUGGUCGUGGAUUUGGCGUGUCCCCACCACCUCGAUGGGAUGGGAAAGAGGCUCCCGAAACUCAGCAGUGACCAUGAGCUCACGGACUCACAGAGAGAGAUAAACGGACAAGGAUGAUGAAGAGAGAGGAGAGAGAGAGGCACAGACACAGAGGACACAGACAGGUUCUCAAGUGCAUGGACGACUGCAUUGACUAUUAGCCUAAUACUUUUCAGGAUCUGAAAGGAUGAUCAAAAAGUGAUUUUUUUUUUUCAUUUGGAGCUUACAAACCCUGAACCUUUAAUAUAUUGGUAAGUUUUUGUUUUUAUUUGACUAUUUCUUCAUUGUUUUUCCUUGACUGGUGAAUGCAGUCAGUGGAUCACAACAGACCACUGUGUAAAUCAAGAAAACCAUUCAUGAAGGAGUAAAGUAUAACUGAAAGAUAAGAGAUAAAAUAAGACAACAUGAAAUAAGAAGAGUAACAAAAACAUUGAAGAACAAUUCCAGAAUAGCUCAACAACAUCUCCAAGAUCUCCAAAGUUCUAGAACUCCAGAGAACUGAGAACAUCCAAGAACUUUUUUUUAGCACUUUUAAGAACUUCCAGUAGCGGAAUCCGGUAACUUCUGAGACCCUACCUGAGAAGAACCUUCCUGAGAUCUUCCAAGAUGGCGGCAGUGCCCGCAGUGGAGCUCCUGGGCUUCUUCCUGGGCCUGUUUGGCAUGCUGGGCACCCUGACCGCCACCGUGCUCCCGUACUGGGAGAUCUCCUCCCACAUCGGGGCCAACAUCGUCACGGCCGUGGUCAACAUGAAGGGCCUGUGGAUGGAGUGCGUCUACCAGAGCACCGGCGCCUUCCAGUGCGAGACCUACAACACCAUGCUGGGCCUGCGCACCGACCUCCAGGCGGCCCGCGCCAUGAUGGUCAUCUCCGUGCUGUUCUCAGUGCUGGCGUGCGCCGUGUCCACUCUGGGCAUGCAGUGCACCGUGUGCAUGAACGGCACGGACGCCAAGACGCGCGUGGCGGGCGCCGGCGGCGUGCUGUUCCUGACGGCGGGCCUGAUGGCGCUGAUCCCCGUGGCGUGGAAGACCCACGAGGUGGUGCAGACCUUCUACAAGCUGCACCUGCCCGACAGCCUGAAGUACGAGCUGGGGGACUGCCUGUACCUGGGCAUCGCCUCCUCGCUGCUCUCCAUGCUGGGGGGCGGCCUGAUCAGCAUCUCCUGCUGCGACAACAUGGACGUCAACGGCCGGGGGAUGGGGAUGAGGAGGGCCGGGGGAGGAGGGUACCCGUACCCGCCGCCGGGCCUCGGAGUGGGCACCGGCGGUGGAGGAGGGGGCAUGCGCGGGGGUGGCAUCGGGGUUGGAGUUGGAGUUGGCGUGGGUGGUGGAGCGCACUCCAUGCCGUAUCGGGGAGUCCCCGCCCCCUCAGCUGGUGGUGUCGCUGCGGUUGCCAAGGGCAACACGCUGAGCCAUGCCAGCACCAGCAGCCACUCCAGCCACAUGGCCGCGCAGGGCUCCCGCAAGUCGCCGCGGCAACCGCCCGCGGCCGGAUAUGACGUCACGGGGUACGUGUAAUCCCACCCCGACCCAUGACCCAUGACCCUUGACCACAGUCAUCUGUGGGGGCCCCUGUGAUGCUCUGGGCCCUUGGGAACCAUCCAGAUAUACCUCUUCCCUGUGUGAAAUAUCCGCUAGCUCCUCGAACCAUCCAUCCCACUCUCUACGUACUUUUGUCCUUUGUGAUCUCAUAUCAACUAUGUACCACGGAAACAAAAUAGGAAAGUAGAAGUUGUGUUAAUGGUUCUAAUUGUUUUGUGUUGCCGAACAGUCUGGCUAAAAAAGUAUCAACAGAACUGUUUUGGAUGUGGAAUGUGGCCACAAUGCUUUCACCAAUGGCUGCCUUUGAAAACAGUGCACAGAGGACUGUUUGCGCUCAGACAGUGCUGUGAUGAAUAUGUACUGUACAUGUGCCGCAAGAGAGUGAGUGCAAAGGUUAUCAUUGAAAGCAGCCCCAUAAUACACGCCAUACCUCCUGUGGCGCACUGUAAUAGUCAUUGAAAAGUUAACUACCACAGUACUACUCUACUGUAACAUAACAACACAGGGCCUUUAGUAAUGCACCAUAACUUGGUCAUUGUCAUUCUGGUAACAGCAAAUUUAUAAUGUUGUGUCUUAACGGGUUAAACCUCAAGCAGAGAACAUCAAUACAACAAUUCGCCAACAGUCACCGUGUGAAGGGACACAAUGGAACUUCUGAAUUCAUUUUAAUUCCCAUUCAUCUAUCUACUGGAUACGACACAAGAAAUACAAAGAGCAUACUGGACUCUUGAUCUUGGACUACAGACAGUCUUUCCGGUUCAGACUGUGACACAAAUAUUAAAUCAAAUGUGAUCGUAUCAAUGUCAAUAUUCAUGAAUCCAGACUGUAUGUUUUUUAACAAGAAAUUAAGGGAUAAUCAACAUUCAUUUUUGAUACAUUUGCAAUGACAUUAAUAUAACAAUGUUCAUGGUAUAGAGUAGUAAAGUAUUGGAAAGCAAACGCAUAAUUUGAACUUUGAGUGAGUCAACAUGCAUGUCCCUAUACUUUGACAUUAAAUAUUGGUACACUAUACAUAUCUGUGUUUGCACAUGCUCUCGGUGCACUGUAAUUCAAAGUUAUUAGGCCUACAUAAAUCAAAACAGAAUCAACAUGCAUUUGAAGAUGUUUAUUUGCAAAACCUUAUUUUUUGACUUUUUCAUUUUAUUAUUGGAAAUGACUGUCCAGAGGUCCUAUCACCUACUGUAUGUGUGAAUUCUUAUGUGUGAACAUACUUUUUUAAUCUAUAUAAAAUGCAUUUUGCAAUGCAAUUCAAUGGAAUGCCCAAUACAAAAAUGUAAAUGUCCCAAUAUUCUACAAAAUGGAGAUCAUUUUAUGCCACGAAUAGCCCUUGUGCCAAUAUGUAAACACGUGUUCCCGGUUCACAGUGGUUCAGCGAGAGCUGCAGUUCAGACACUUCAUCAGCUUCUGGGGUUUUUCAGGUUUGAAAUGAGGUCGCCAUCCGAUCACUCAAAACAAACACUGGCCCUGUCCCUGGACUACUGUUUGUGUGUGCUUAAUCUCCUCCAACCUUUACACAGAUCUCUGUACAGCUGUUU